UUUGAGGCAGUUUGAGUGGACGGGAGACAACCGGGAAAAUCGGUCUGUCUGCAACAUUCGCUUCUUGGUGCGCCUUGCGAACGGUUGUGGUACUUUUCCGUGCGCGGCUCUUUUGAUCAACCAUGGCUCCCGUUCUCGGCUACUGGGACAUUCGCGGGUUGGCACAGCCUAUCCGGCUGCUGCUUGCACAUGUCGAUGCCAAGGUGGAGGACAAGCGCUACUCGUGCGGACCCCCUCCGGACUUCGACCGCAGUGCCUGGCUCAAGGAGAAGACCACGCUUGGCCUUGAAUUCCCCAAUCUGCCCUAUUACAUUGACGGUGACGUCAAGCUCACCCAGAGCAUGGCCAUCCUGCGUUACCUCGCCAGGAAGCAUGGUUUGGAGGGCAAGACUGAGGCCGAGAAGCAGCGAGUUGACAUUGUUGAGCAGCAGUUUGCGGACUUCCGCAUGAACUGGGUUCGUCUCUGCUACAACCCUGACUUCGAGAAGCUGAAGGGCGACUACCUGAAGAACCUGCCGGCGUCCCUCAAAGCUUUCUCCGACUAUUUGGGAAGCCACAAGUUCUUUGCUGGUGACAAUCUCACUUACGUUGACUUCAUUGCCUAUGAGAUGCUUGCCCAACAUCUCAUCUUCGCGCCCGACUGCCUGAAGGAGUUUGCCAACCUCAAGGCCUUCGUUGAUCGUGUUGAGGCUCUUCCUCACGUUGCGGCCUACCUGAAGUCGGACAAAUGCAUCAAAUGGCCUCUCAACGGUGACAUGGCCAGCUUUGGCAGCAGGCUGCAAAAGAAGCCAUGAACAGAUUUUCAUUUCUUUCAUUUCGAACAUGGUUUGAGCAAUAAAAUAAGCAUUUAAUUUUA